CUUCCAUCACUUUGAGGCUGCAGGACUGGUAUCUAGGUGUUCAGUCAUAUCUUGGUAUGGUGAGAAUAUAAAAAGUCCCAUUACAAUGAACCACCACAAAAAACCUGGUAGCCCUGGUCCUGCAGGACACAGGCCUAGUUCAAGGGCUGCUGCCUCAACUUCCAAAUCAAGCCCAUCACAUAAGUACAAGGACUAUGCUGCUGUUGUGAUCGAUACAGGUACUGGCUACACCAAGAGUGGUCUUGCUGGAGAUGAAAAGCCAAGAUCCAUUGUGCCAAGUAUUGUGGGAGUACCCAGGUUCAGGACGAAGGAAAGUCCAUUGUACUACAUUGGAAAGAACAUUCCACAACGGCGUGCAGAGGUGAGCACGCAUUUGGUAAUGACUCAUGGCGUGGUCACUGAUUGGGAUGCUCUAGAGAUGCUGUGGCACCAUAUAUUUUACACUGAACUCAGUGUAUGCCCUGAAGAGCUGGCUGUGCUGGUUACAGAUGCUCCUAUGUCUCCAACUACCAACCGUGAAAAGAUGGCUGAACUGUUGUUUGAGAACUUUGACGUUCCAGCCAUGUUUGUUGCUCAUCAGUCACUUUUGUCAGUUUAUUCAUAUGGACGCACUGGUGGGCUGGUGAUUGGUUCUGGCUAUGGAACUUCCUACACUGCUCCUGUCCAUGAUGGAUAUAUCUUGCCACAUGCUACCUAUCGCCUGGACAUAGCAGGCAAUGCUCUGACAGAAUAUUUGGCCAAGAUUAUGGGAGAAUCUGGGAACCCUUUUCAAAAGGAAGAAAUGGAAGUGGUGUGCCAGAUCAAGGAGAAGUGCUGUUACGUCCCUGAAGAGUAUGAGGCUGAGCUAAAUGCAGAUGAGAAAAAAUAUCUCAUGGACUACACUCUUCCUGACAGACAGGUCAUUUCCAUUGGCAGUGAACGCUUUCGCUGUCCAGAAGUCCUCUUCAAUCCUACCAUGCUAGGCUACCCAGAAGUCGGACUUCAUGUCCAAGCACUAAACAGUGUUAAUAAAUGUAAGCCAGAAAGACAGGCAGACUUGCUUUCCAAUGUCCUACUGGCUGGUGGCACCACCAUGCUCCGUGGCUUCUCUGAAAGAAUUAAGAAGGAACUGCAAAACAUGGAGCCCAAGAGCAAAGUGGGCAUCUUAGCUUCUCCCAACCGCAGCUUCUCUGCCUGGCUGGGUGGCUCCAUUGUAGCUUCACUCAAUGCUUUCCAAAAUGUGUGGAUCAAUCGACAGGCCUACGAUGAGAAGGGACCUUUCAUUGUCCAUCGCCACUGUUUCUGACCAAGGGGAUGAGCCAGACAGCUGAGACAGGCUGAGCAAAGAUGAGGGUUCAAGGGGCAUCUCCUCAACAACAUGCUGCUUUUGACUACACAGCUUCUGAGUCUGUCUUAUCAUUACUUCUGGAAAUGGGUAUGAACAGGGGAAUCGCGCUCAGAGCUAUCAGUUCAUUUGCUUGUGACUAAGUGUAAAGGCAUUGUAAUUAACACACAUCAGAAAGCACUGGACUGGAAAAGCCUGCAUCAGGAAUUUGUUAAAAUCCCUUUCAAGUACAAGAAAACUUCAAUAGACUAACAUACAGUUAUGUACACUACUGAUGAUUAGAGAUAAAACCUUUCCAUUCUAGAAGGCAUGAUUUUUUUACAUACAUUAAUGUAAAAAAGGUGUCAGAUACAAUACAUACCACGCUUACAUUUUCUCAUACAGAUAAUUGAACCCGGUAAGGAAAUAAAACUCUCAUCACCCAUUCUGCACAUUGGCUAUAUUACUAAAGCUUAGCAUGUUGCACUGAUACACCAGAAUUGGAGAAAAAGAGAUGAAAAUAAAGGACUAUUUAAAUUA